AUGUUGGCCAGACUCGUCAUGGAGAGCAUAGUUGGCCUUCUUGGAGUCAUAUUUUCCAUUAUAUUGAUCAUGGUGAGUUUUUUAUGCCUAAAUGUGACUGAAUUUGGCCUGGCCCUUUUUGAAUUUGCUUCAGCCUGGUUUAGGGUCCUCCGUUAGGCCUUUUUAUUGCCAUUUUUGGCUGUUUUUAACUUUUGUAACCUAUUAUUUGAUCAAAACAGGUUUUUAAAUUAAUUUAGGUACAAUUUUUAAAACAAGGUUCACCCAAGAAUCAGACAUAGGCGAUGAAAAAUUUCAAACUAUUUGAAAACCGCUCAUUUUUUGAUAAGAGGUAGCACUUGGGUAUAGAAAUGCAAAAAUAUAAAAAAAUUUUAAAAAUUCGGGUUACGUUAGGAUUACGGUAGGUUUUAAGAUUUUUUUUGUAACUGUUGUACUAAAUGUCAGAAUGGAAUGGGACUUUUUUUUAAAUUGUUUGUUACUAUAAGACAAUCAUUUUAUCUGUUGACAACUUUUUUUUUUAUUAUGCCCGGAAGGCAUUGAAAAAAAUUAAAGUUUUCAAAAAAACCAUCAAAAUUUUGAAAAAUUUGAAAUUUCUCGAAAAAAAGUCACUAUGUAACAAACUUUUGACAACAGAUAAUGAAACUACAUGCUCUUACAGUUCUAAUGACACCGCGCAUGGGUCAUCUUAGCGGGGCCUGCGGUAGCUACGAAUUUUCAAAGUUGACACCCUAAGGUCAAUUAGCACAGAAUUUGACUGUAAUAUGGUUACAAAUGGUUAAAAAAGGUGUUUGACACAUUUUGAGCGUUUCAUAAGUCUUUAAAAGCAAUUUCCUUUGUAUUGCCUCAGGGAAUUUGUAAUUUAAAAAAAUUAUUUUUUUUUAAAUUUAAAUUUUAAAAAAUUUUUAAAACUCGGAAAUUAAAAGAAUAUGACUUGGCUUUUAAUAAAUGAUCUAUACAGAGACGUCGCUACGGAUUUUCUCUAAGGAAGGAAAGGUUGAAAAUUUUUUUUUCGUCCACAGGUCCCCCUAUGGCCCGAUUUUUUAAAAAAAAAUUUUUUUUGUGUUUUUUUUUGCGUAAAAAUUUUGUAUAGGUCACUUACCAAAAGCCAAGGCAUUCAUUUUAAUUUCCAAGCUUUAAAAAUUUUUUAAAAUUAAAAAUUAAAAAAAAUUUUUUUUUUAAAUUACAAAUUCCCUGAGGCAUUACACAGGAAAUUGUUUGUAAACACUUAUAAAACUUGUAAUAUGUGCCAUGCACCUUUUUUAACCAUUUGUAACCAUAUUACAGUCAAAUUCUGUGCUAAUUGACCUUAGGGUGUCAACUCUGAAAAUUCGUAGCUACCGCAAGGCCCCGCUAAGAUGACCCAUGCGCGGUGUCAUUAGAACUGUAAAAGCAUGUAGUUUCAUUAUCUGUUGUCAAAAAGUUUGUUACAUAGUGACUUUUUUCGAGAAAUUUCAAAUUUUUCAAAAUUUUGAUGGAUUUUUUUUGAAAACUUUAAUUUUUUUCAAUGCCUUCCGGGCAUAAUAAAAAAAAGUUGUCAACAGAUAAAAUGAUUGUCUUAUAGUAACAAACAAUUUAAAAAAAGUCCCAUUCCAUUCUGACAUUUAGUACAACAGUUACAAAAAAACCUUAAAACCUACCGUAAUCCUACCGUAACCCGAAUUUUUAAAAUUUUUAAAUAUAUUUGCAUUUCUAUACCCAAGUGCUACCUCUUAUCAAAAAAUGAGCGGUUUUCAAAUAGUUUGAAAUUUUUCAUCGCCCCUGUCUGACCAAUGUUCGAUUCUUACGCGGACGUUGUUUUAAUAAAAAUGAUCUUUGAUAAAGAGGAAGAUGAUGUACAUUAUCAAAAUUUUUUUUUCAGAUCCUAAUGUGUGUCAGAAAGUUCCGAAAACGAAACAUUUUGCGAACGAUUGCUUCGACAAUCCUGGCCGAAGGCUUAUAUUGUCUAUCUUUCUGCAUUCCACUAUGGUCCUACUUGAUCUUUGGACACGUUAUGGAUUCGAAUACGACUAAAGUAAGUCUUUUUGAUCUGAAAUGAAUAGAAAUUAAUAAUAAUAUUAAUGUGUAUUAUUAGAAUGUUCAAAUAAUGUUGUGCUCUCUAGUCUUUAAAUCUGCUUUUAAAGAGGGCACAGAAUUAUUUGAACAACCUAUAACAAAUUCGUAAAAAUAAUAACUGUUUCGACUUGGUCCGGCUUGGGUCGAGGUUGGACCGGGCCUAGUGGGCCCCUUUUCAGGUCUAGGUAGGGUAAGAUAAGAAACUGUAAUUUAGAAUAAGUUAUGUUGAAAUAAGGUAAUAUAAGGCAAGCUAAAGUAGUAUAAGGUAAUUUACGGCAUGGUAAGGUAAAGUAUGGUAAGAUAUGUUAAGAUAAAUUAAGGUAGGGUAAGUUAAUCUAAAAUAAGGUAAGGUGAAGUAGAGUAGGGUAAUUUAGGGUACGGUAAAGUAACCGGGUCAGACUGAAGCUGAGCCCGGUCUGGGCCUAGCAGGCUCACUUUUAUGUAUAUAUUUCGAUUAUUAAAUGUAUAUUAAUAUGGAUUUUUUAAUUUGUUCUAUUUUAGGUAAUAGCAUACGUGAAUGAAGUGGUCUACAAAGCCCAAAUGUAUCAUCAUUCUCUGCUCGAAAUCACACGAGUCUACUACACGUUUAUACAACGCCCAAGCCCGAUUGAAACUAAUAAACUUAACGAUGUAAGAUUUUAAAAAUUUUUUAAAUUACAAUAGAAUUUUUUUUUUUCAAAAUGGUGCAGUUAUGACUAUGGUACAAUCAAUUUUGACUAUAGCACAAGCCAUUACUGUAUUAGGUUGAACCAAAAGUAGCGGGACACUUUUCAUUUAUUUUUAACUAAAAAGUGUCCCGCUACUUUUGGUUCAACGUAUAAGAUACGCUUCCUAAGACUAGGCUAAACUUUUUUAUGUUUUAGUUUUGCCUCUUGCUAUGCUGGAUGAUUGGAAUAGCAACAAUAUCCACCUACUUUUACUACGGUCGAGUAUUGAACUUUGACUAUACGGAAAUGACCUGGGCUGGUCAUAGUGUGUGGAACGUUCUAAUCAGAUGCUUUUACACAAUGCAAUGGCUGGCAUUGUUUGCUGGAUUGGCGGCGGCUGGGGCUGUUAUCAUUGCUUUCUAUGUUAAGGUAGGUAUUGUUUGUUACUUCAAUGUAUUGAAGCUAUAAGACAGGUUAUAUUAAGAUCAUAAGUUUGUUUAGUUUAAGGUUAUAUAUUAGGAGGUAUUAAGGUAGGUAUCCUUUAAUAUUUCAAGGUAUUGACAAGCUAUAAUGAAGCUAUAAGACAUCCUAUAUGAAGACAACGUAUUGGGUUAGUUUAAGGUUAUAUGCGAGUUAUAUUAAGGUAGACAGUGAUUUGCUUUAGGAUGUUUUAAAAUACGAAAUUAUAAAGUUUUGGUAACAAAUUUGUUAAAUGUUGGGUUACCACGUCAACAGCUUAUUGUUGUUGAGGUAAAUUGCCAACAAAUAUGGGUAUUGUUUUAAUAAAUAUUAACAGCCACAAGCCAUAGGGAUCGAAAAUGAGGUAUAAUAUCACUUAUACAUAAUCUAAGGUAACUACAAUAGUACAUGUGACGAGAUUAUAGUUAACGACAAUAUUAAUACAUUCGUGUGUAAACGUACUCAAUGACAAUGCAUUGUUACACCAGAUUUCACAAAGUUUGUCUUUUUUUUUCAAAAACGGAAGUCCUUCAACGUUAAAGUAUGUACGUAACUAAGACUACUGUAACGUUUGUGGUCUCUGUAAAUCAAGUAUGUAAUUACUGUAUGUAACAAGGAAUAGGAAGAUAACUUAAGUUUUUUAAAAUUUUAGGUAAGUGGGAUCGGAAAUGCCCUUUUAAAAGUCUAAAAAUGAAUGUACUACACGUUAUUCAUACUCAAUAUUGUAUGUAAAAUACAAUUUUAUUUUUGCUAAGUGCAAUAUCUAAAAUAGUAAAGCUUACUGUGGCGACUAAGUUUAAUUUUGGAUAGGUUUGUAUCUAAAAUUAAAAAUUGUAGCUUUUUAAGAUUUAUAAAAAUAGUUUUGGGCACAAAAAGUAACCUUUUUUAUGUAUUAUGUAGACUUACUGUAAUUAGACCUGCAAAAUGGCCAGGUCGGGCUUAAUUUUUUGGGCUGGACGACUAUUUCCAUUUCGCUUUGAAUUCGGCCCUUAUAUAAAUUCAUUAAAUUAAUAAAUAGGACAACUUGUAUAUUGUUUCAGUUAAAUAUCUAAUAAUUUAACAAUUUUAACUUUUAAACAUAGUUUAAAGAUUAUUUUAAAGUAAAUACAGUGGUCUCUCCAUAUAGUGAACCAUAUGUUAUAAGCAACCCGAAGGGACCGACAUUUUGUGUUUACUAUAAGGGGUGUUGUCUUUACAGAGAGGCUUUUUAGUCCAAAUUGACUCGGGCUUCAGGUCGGCUCGAGAUCAAGCCGUGAAUAUUGGGCUUUCUUUCAGGUCUAGUUGUCUGUAUCAAAGUUUUCAAAUUUAAAAUUUUUGAUUUUGGGUCAGCUUUAGCUUUGUCUUUUUUCAAAUUUUAACUUUAAUUCUUGCAUUAGAGCCACUCGGGAGCCGUUAUAGUGAUUCAGUACUAAAUUCGACAUUUUCUGGCUUCGUUUUUAGCCGGGGUUCCCCAUUUUUAUACAUUUUUUCUCCGGUUCUAGCUUCGGAGCCUGAGCUGCUCUGCGGCCAAAGCCGGCUUCUGAGCUCUUGAGAACUAUGGUCAGUAUGACUUUCUUCUAUGUUUAUGAUACAUGCAUGCCAAUAUGACCUUAAAAUUGGGAAAAAUUUUAAAAAGUAGAAAUAUACUAUAUGAAAAAACGAUAAAAUUUCAAAAACUUCAGAUUCCAAGCACGCGAAACAUUAAAAAGACGAUCGAAGGCAAGAUCUUCCUACAAACAAUCUUGCUCAGCUCUAUCGAUGCCAUUCAAAUGUUAUUGACCGUGGCUAUGUCGUCUAAUGGUAUGCGAACGUCGUUCAGUAACAUAUUAACGUUGUGUCGAUGCUCGCUGAGUGCACCACUUUACAUUUUUCUUAAUCGGUAAAUUUUUAAAGUAAUUUAGCAUUGAAUAGUGGUACUUGCUUAAUGAUAGGACUAUUUAGCUUUUUUAGUACUAAUUAAGAAGUUAGUACAAUUUAGUACGGAAAAAUAGUGACUAUUACCUGUUUACAGUACGUCCUAUAUAGGACAAGGUUACUUUUGUAGUACUGGUUAAGAAAUUAGUACUAUUUAGUACUAAAAAAACUUUGCAGUACUAUCUAAGAGAUUGGUACUCACUCUAAAAAUAAACUACUAAACACGUAGUAUGACUGGUACUAAAAUGUUGCUACUACAUUUUUGGUAGUAAAAUAGCACUACUACAGUACCAGUCUAGACUACGAUCCGCUUCAUAUUAGUAAUCUCAUAUUUUGCCCGAUGCAUGAGAUACUGCUUAUCAUGACGAAUACGACAGUAAUUAAAGCAUUAACAACAUCAAUUUUAGCGAAAUACGAGGUACUCUACGAAGGGCAUGUUUUGUGGUUACUGGAACGUAUGUUCAAAGCAGUAUGGGAAUUACCUACAUUUCGGUUACUAAACCUGUUAAUCGUAGCCCCAACAUUACAAUAUUGUGA